GCUGCUGGCAGAAUACUAGUGUCACUCCGAAAGGAAAAGCGAAGCAGACAAGGAACGCUACUCCAAAUUUACUGGAUUUUGCCUCCGGCAAAACGAUUUGUUUUUGUAUAUCAGAAACUCAGCCUAUACUCUUUUACACGGUAUACACCGGAAAACAAUACUUUUUUUUUAUCAACCUGAUGCUUGAAAAGCUUUGGUGAAUUCUAAAGGACUAUUCCCCUGUUGGAACUACCAUUGUUGGACACAAAUGUCAUUGGUACCUUUUGGUUUAAGAUAACGAGAUGUCCAGUCAAAAGGACUAAGGACCUAUGAGUUUCUUGAACACAAAUAUCCCAAUCGUUGAAAUAUGCAGACCAUCAAAAGCGAGCCACUGUCAAAUGGCUCCUACAGCGGAGAGGAUGCCCUGUUUCUGGCUGUGCCCCGUCAAGAGGCCAACAGGGAUCUGAUGGACCACAAGCUCUCUGCCAUGCCCUUCAAGGCCAAAGGCACCUCCUGCCGCAGGAAACGGGAGUUCAUUCCGGACGAGAAGAAAGACAAUCUCUACUGGGAGAGGCGGCGCAAGAACAACGAGGCGGCCAAGCGUUCGCGGGAGAAGCGGCGCCUCAACGACAUGGUGCUGGAGAACAAGCUGCUGGCCCUGGGCGAGGAGAACGCUUCCCUCAAAGGAGAGCUGCUGGCCCUGAAACUCAAAUUCGGCCUGGUCAGCUCUGCGGCCUACACGCAGGAGGUGCAGAAGAUCUCUGUGUCAACGGCCGCCCUCUACCACGACUUUGUCUCGCCGGGCGAAGCCCGAGGCUCUUGCAUCAGGGACCUGGAGUCCCCUCACCUGGGCAGCAGCUGCAUAUCGGUCAUCAAGCACUCCCCUCACAGCACGCAGUCUGACAUGGCCGAAAUCUCUACAGCGACCAAGGGUAGCAUGUGCAGGACCCCCGAGAUCAUCAAGCAAGAGCCAGCCGAGCACGGAAGCUACGUGCGUGAGAGGAGCAGUCCAUACGAACUGUACAGGAACUACAUUGCCAGCCCUUUCCCCGGGGUUUACUCCCAACCCUCCCCGUUCCUGCCGCUCACCAGGUCGAUCAGCAACUCCCCGAGGACCUCGGACGACGGUGCCGUGAGUAAGUCCUCGGACGGCGAGGAUGAGCAGCAGGUCCCCAAAGGCCCCAUGCCACAUGCCGCCGACCCGAAGAGCGUCAUCGUAUCCCGCCUCAAAGUGCCAGAUGCUUGUUCGUCGGCUCUGCCCCACAAACUGCGGCUCAAGAACAGGGCCAUUCCAAUCAAAGUGGAGGCCAUCGACCCUGACUACGACUCUUCUGGAAAGUCCUCCUCUCCCAUCGACAUGUCGGCCAGAGAAGGCUACCAGAGGGGCCAGGGUGCCGUGGCAGACUACAUGCAGUCGUCCCUCAGCCCCUUGUCACUCCAAGUGACCAACAUCCGGGAUUGGACCCACCAGCCAGAGCACUGGCACAAAGACAGCUCAGAGAAGCCACAAAAUGGCUACCAGAACAGGCUGUCCCCGGUCCCUGUCUCCAAAAAACUCACUCUGGACCUUGAAGACGGCUCCUACGCCCACUCAGACUCUGAGAACUUGUACUUAAAACGAGGCAUAGCUGACCUGUCUGCAGAAGUUUUGUCUCUGAAAAGACUGAUAACAUCGAGGCAAGGGUCCGUGAUAGAAUCAACCAAAAGCACUGCUGAUCAUGAGUCAUUAUCGAAAGGAUGUUACUCAAAAUGAGUUCUGUUUGCACAAUGCCUUGUUUUCCACUGUAUUUACUAUUGCACUGUGCGGUUGAUAUGGUGUAUAAAUGCAGUACAUUUAAAAUGAAUGGUGUGUUGUGCACUUGCUGUUGUAGUUCGGCGUAUCUUCUUCAUAACUCCACCUGUAACCCAAAGCCAAAUGUCAGGCUGAGGCUACUACUGUACAUGCACAUUUUACGUCAACUUUUGAAAAGUUUUGUUGUAAAUGGUGACUUUUUGUUGACAAUAAAUAUGUGUAAGCACUGAACCUUG